GAUUUAAUUAUGUCUGAUUUCCCCACCCAAGGCUGCAAAGGCUAUUUGGCGUCUCCUGUGUAAAUCUCUCCCCCUCUCUCUAUCUCCCUCUCUCUCUCCCUCUCUCUCGUCUCAUUGUUGUGCUCCUAUCUCCUCUGUGUGUACUCAUUCUCGGUGCAUGUGGCUGCCAAUACAAAGGUCCAUUUUCAGGAAGUUCCAUUUCUGGCAACAGAUCGCUGUGCUGCAGUGCUACCUGCCCCAUUCUACACGCCUCCCUUUUUUUAGUGCCAUGCUUUGUUAUUUAGGGGCACAUGGGGUGCUAAGUGCACAAUUUUGCAUUUUUUAUAUAUAUCUUUUAACUGUUUGCUAGCUUCACGUGAUGUGAUCUUUAUUAUACAGCAUUGCCUGCCCCCUGGGCUUUGGGACGUGUCCUUAUGUGAAUAGGAUCGUGUUGCUUCCCAACUAAAUGAUGAUCCUAGACCUUCAUGUAGGCGCAGUGUUCCUACAGUAUAAGAUGUAUAUUCUAGCUGCAGAUUAACCAUUUAUUAAAUAGCUGGUUUGGCUAUUCGUAGCUGAUCCCAUUUUUCUUUGUAGCAACAGUAGUGGUUGGCUUUAAUAUACGUUCCUCUUGUCUGGAUUAUUAUUAAGGCUGGGGAAUUACCUAUAGACACAUCUCACAGACAGAGAUGGCUCGAUUUGGAGAGGCGGUGGCUGGGAGGUUGGGGUCCGGCGAUGGAGGCUCAGAGAGGAGCAAGACUUUGCAAGGAUCUCCGGCUGCUCCAGUGGGGACACAGGCAGCUUUUAAACAAACCAAAGCCCAAAGAGCAAGGACCAUGGCUUUAUACAACCCCAUACCAGUCCGGCAGAAUUGCUUCACCGUGAACAGGUCACUGUUCAUCUUUGGAGAAGAUAAUAUUAUAAGGAAAUAUGCUAAGAAGCUGAUCGAUUGGCCUCCAUUUGAAUACAUGAUCCUUGCCACGAUUAUCGCAAACUGCAUUGUCCUGGCACUGGAGCAGCACCUUCCCGGAGACGACAAGACGCCCAUGGCUCGUAGAUUGGAAAAAACUGAACCCUAUUUCAUAGGGAUAUUUUGUUUUGAAGCUGGAAUUAAGAUUGUCGCACUGGGAUUGGUGUUUCACAAAGGCUCUUACCUUCGUAAUGGUUGGAAUGUCAUGGACUUCAUUGUCGUACUGAGUGGCAUCCUGGCCACAGCUGGGACUCACUUUAAUACUCAUGUGGACCUGCGGACCUUGCGGGCAGUGCGUGUCCUCAGACCACUAAAGCUGGUCUCCGGAAUUCCAAGUUUACAGAUUGUCUUGAAAUCUAUAAUGAAGGCGAUGGUGCCCCUGCUUCAGAUUGGAUUGUUGCUUUUUUUUGCUAUUCUCAUGUUUGCCAUUAUCGGACUUGAGUUUUACAGUGGCAAGCUGCACAAAGCCUGUUACAGGAAUCAAUCAGCAUGGGAAGCAAUGGACCCUCCUCAUCCUUGUGGAGUUCCAAGAUGCCCAGAUGGAUAUGCGUGCAAGGAAUGGAUUGGGCCCAAUGAUGGAAUUACUCAGUUUGAUAACAUCCUAUUUGCGGUGCUGACCGUCUUCCAGUGUAUUACCAUGGAGGGCUGGACCACAGUGCUGUACACUACCAAUGAUGCCUUAGGAGCCACCUGGAACUGGCUAUACUUCAUUCCUCUCAUUAUCAUCGGAUCUUUCUUUGUCCUCAACCUAGUCCUUGGAGUAUUGUCCGGUGAAUUUGCCAAAGAGAGAGAGCGUGUAGAGAACCGCCGGGCCUUCAUGAAGUUGCGCAGGCAGCAGCAGAUUGAGAGGGAACUGAACGGUUAUCGAGCCUGGAUAGAUAAAGCUGAGGAAGUGAUGCUUGCUGAAGAGAACAAAAACUCAGGAACUUCUGCCUUAGAAGGUAUUUAUCACCCAGAUUUUCUAGCACUUCAUGUUACACGGAUAUUGUUCCUCCUCAGCUGGUCCUCUGGACCGCGCAGGGUAACACGUUCCUCAUCUCUUGUGUCUGUAGUUCUCAGGAGAGCAACAAUUAAACGAAGUAGAACAGAAGCCAUGAACCGUGAAUCAAAUGAAGACCACUGUGUUGAUAUAUCCUCUGUUGGCACUCCUCUGGCAAGAGCUAGUAUUAAGAGCGCCAAGAUGGAUGGUGCAUCUUAUUUUCGCCACAAAGAAAGACUAUUACGCAUAUCUAUACGUCACAUGAUUAAAUCUCAAGUUUUCUAUUGGAUGGUCCUUACGGUGGUAGCACUUAACACUGCUUGCGUGGCCAUUGUGCACCAUAACCAGGCUGUAUGGCUCUCCAAUAUCCUAUACUAUGCAGAAUUUCUAUUUCUUGGCUUAUUUUUGGUGGAGAUGUCUUUCAAGAUGUAUGGAAUGGGACCACGUCUCUACUUCCACUCGUCCUUCAACUGCUUUGAUUGUGGGGUCACAAUAGGAAGUAUAUUUGAAGUCAUUUGGGCCAUAUUUAGACCUGGGACAUCCUUUGGUAUCAGCGUGUUAAGAGCUCUACGACUUUUAAGGAUAUUUAAAGUAACCAAGUACUGGGCCUCGCUAAGAAACCUGGUGGUGUCUCUGAUGAAUUCUAUGAAGUCAAUUAUCAGCCUGCUCUUCCUCCUCUUCCUCUUUGUCGUUGUGUUUGCGCUACUGGGAAUGCAGCUCUAUGGUGGCAGAUUUAAUUUUAAUGAUGGAACCCCCUCUGCAAAUUUUGAUACAUUCCCUGCAGCCAUCAUGACGGUUUUUCAGAUUCUUACUGGUGAGGAUUGGAAUGAGGUGAUGUACAAUGGCAUCCGCUCACAGGGUGGCGUCAGUUCCGGAAUGUGGUCUUCCAUUUACUUCAUCGUUCUCACCCUGUUUGGCAACUACACACUCCUAAAUGUAUUUCUUGCCAUUGCUGUGGAUAAUCUGGCCAAUGCACAGGAGCUGACCAAGGAUGAGCAGGAAGAAGAAGAGGCAUUUAACAAGAAACACGCCCUUCAAAAAGCCAAGGAGGUCAGCCCUAUGUCUGCACCUAAUGCAUCAUCUGUUGAGAAGGAGCGCAGAAAACGCCACACAAUGUCCAUUUGGGAGCAACGCACAAGCCAGCUAAGGAGACACAUACAGAUGUCUAGUCAGGAAGCUCUUCAGAAUGAAGAAUUAGCAGCUCUGAAUCCUCACUCCAGUAUAUACCGUAAGACAAAACAAUUAGAGGAGUCAACAGCAGAGAAGGGGGACGGCGAAGAGGAGAAGCUGGGAGUUAAUCCUGUGGACGGACACAAGAGUGGCGAAGAAAGCCCAUCUCACAAAAAUCUCAGGGAACACUGGCGGCAGAAAUCUAGACACGGCAAUGCUGAAAAUGCAGAGCCUAAUGGCACCACCCCUGAAGAUGCCAUGCGCAGGAGACAGAGUCAGAGACGCAGUCGUCACAAAAAAGUAAGGACUGAGGCACGAGAGAUGUCUAGCACUACAAACAGCACCACAGUCAGCCAAGAGGAUGGACUUGACAGAGUACCCACAGAAGAAGGGAAAAAAUCCACAGAAGAGAAAAGCAAUGGGGAAGUGAAGGAAGUGCAAGGAUCUGACGAGUCCCCUAAAAGUUGCACAAGAUACUGUGAAGAGAGGACAGUGGGAUGUGAAAGUACUGCUCCCAACACUGCUCCCUUGCAGGAAAUGAACCAUGAGAAGAACGGCAGCCCACCAGACAUGGAUUGCAGUGAGCAGGCCUUGUUAGGCGGUCUGCAGAGUCAGGAGGAAAGUCCUAAUCCCACCAGCUGUAGUUUGGCCGAUGUGUCCAGCAGCACAGAGAGAAUCACUGAGAGUACGGUCAUCACCUUGCCCGAUACUGGAAUGGCUUCCGACUGCACCGUGGUACAGAUGACUGAAGACAGGGAUGGGGAAGUCAGUCUUGUAUCUCAGGAAUGUGAGAAAGAAGAUGGAGAAACUGAGGAUGGAGAAGAGAGGACAGUGAAGAGGAAGGAGAAACUUUUGGAGUCCCCCAAGGCUAUUGUGCCAUAUAGUUCAAUGCUCAUCUUCAGCUCUACCAAUCCGGUAAGGAAAGUAUGCCAUUACAUUGUGAACCUGCGAUACUUUGAGAUGUGCAUCCUCCUUGUAAUCGCUGCCAGCAGUAUAGCUCUGGCUGCUGAGGACCCUGUUUUGACAAACUCUGACCACAACAAAGUUCUCCGCUACUUUGACUACGUUUUCACUGGCGUCUUCACCUUUGAGAUGGUUAUAAAGAUGAUCGACCAAGGUUUAAUCUUACAUGAUGGUUCAUAUUUCCGUGACCUCUGGAAUAUUUUGGAUUUUGUGGUUGUAGUGGGGGCUCUUGUGGCUUUUGCUUUGUCGACUAACAAAGGCCGGGACAUCAAAACCAUUAAAUCUCUACGUGUACUGCGAGUGCUGCGUCCGCUCAAAACCAUCAAGCGACUCCCUAAGUUGAAGGCAGUGUUUGAUUGUGUGGUUAACUCUUUGAAGAAUGUGUUUAAUAUCCUCAUCGUGUACAAACUCUUCAUGUUUAUAUUCGCCGUCAUCGCUGUCCAACUCUUCAAGGGCAAGUUCUUCUACUGCACAGACAGCUCAAAGGAUACAGAGAAAGAAUGCAUAGGAAGUUACAUAGAUCAUGAGAAAAACAAGAUGGAGGUAAAACGGAGAGAAUGGAAAAGGCACGAAUUCCACUAUGACAACAUCAUAUGGGCUCUCCUUACACUUUUCACUGUGUCUACAGGAGAGGGCUGGCCUCAGGUUCUGCAACACUCCGUAGAUGUGACUGAAGAAGAUCGCGGGCCAAGUCGCAGCAACCGCAUGGAGAUGUCAAUCUUCUACGUUGUCUAUUUUGUAGUCUUCCCCUUCUUUUUCGUAAACAUCUUUGUGGCUCUCAUCAUCAUCACCUUCCAAGAGCAAGGGGACAAGAUGAUGGAAGAAUGUCGACUUGAGAAGAAUGAGAGAGCCUGCAUAGACUUUGCUAUAAGUGCCAAGCCACUCACACGGUACAUGCCACAGAAUCGCCAUACCUUCCAAUACCGUGUGUGGCACUUCGUGGUCUCACCGUCUUUUGAAUAUACCAUCAUGGCUAUGAUUGCACUAAACACGGUGGUAUUGAUGAUGAAGUAUUAUUCAGCGCCAUACACCUAUGAACUUGCAUUAAAAUAUUUGAACAUUGCCUUCACCAUGUUAUUUUCUCUGGAGUGCAUCCUCAAAAUCAUUGCGUUUGGAUUCUUGAACUAUUUCAGGGAUACCUGGAACAUUUUUGACUUCAUCACAGUAAUUGGCAGCAUCACUGAGAUUAUUCUUACGGACAGUAAGUUGGUGAACACCAGCAGCUUCAACAUGAGUUUCCUGAAGCUGUUCCGAGCUGCCCGACUCAUUAAGCUUCUCCGGCAGGGAUACACAAUCCGCAUCUUACUAUGGACUUUUGUACAAUCGUUCAAGGCUCUUCCUUAUGUCUGCCUCUUGAUUGCAAUGCUGUUCUUCAUCUACGCCAUUAUCGGAAUGCAGGUGUUUGGGAACAUCCGUCUAGAAGAGGACAGCCAUAUUAACCGACACAACAACUUCAGGAGCUUCUUCAGUUCCCUCAUGCUGCUCUUCAGGAGUGCCACCGGCGAGGCCUGGCAGGAGAUUAUGUUGUCAUGUCUGGGGAAUAAGGAUUGUGAGCCAGAUACCACUGCACCCUCCGGACACAGUGAGAACGACCGUUGUGGGACUGAGCUGGCCUACGUCUAUUUUGUGUCCUUCAUCUUCUUCUGUUCUUUUCUGAUGUUAAAUCUGUUUGUUGCUGUCAUCAUGGAUAACUUUGAGUACUUGACGAGAGACUCUUCUAUUCUGGGUCCUCAUCAUCUGGAUGAGUUUGUUCGGAUCUGGGCGGAAUAUGAUAGAGCAGCAUGUGGCCGCAUCCACUAUACAGAGAUGUAUGAAAUGCUGACACUCAUGUCACCACCUUUAGGCCUCGGAAAGAGAUGUCCUAAUAAAGUGGCUUAUAAGAGAUUGGUCCUAAUGAAUAUGCCAGUAACGGAGGACAUGACGGUACAUUUCUCAUCCACCCUCAUGGCUCUGAUCCGGACCGCACUGGAUAUAAAAAUAGCCAAAGGUGGAGCUGAUAGACAUGAACUGGACUCGGAGCUGCAGAAAGAAAUACUGGCUAUUUGGCCAAAUCUCUCCCAAAAGAUGUUGGACCUGCUUGUGCCAAUGCCACAAGCCUCUGAUCUGACUGUGGGCAAGAUUUAUGCUGCUAUGAUGAUCAUGGACUAUUACAAGCAGAGUAAAGCCAAGAAACAGAGACAGCAGCUGGAAGAACAGAAAAAUGCACCAAUGUUCCAAAGAAUGGAAGCCUCCUCUCUGCCUGAGGAAAUCUUAUCGAAUGCCAAAGCCUUACCAUACCUCCAGCAGGACACUCUGUCAGGCCUGGCCGGCUACCCGUCACUCAGCCCCAUGUCCCCUGAGGAGAUAUUUCAGCCACCAUGUCUGGACAGGGAUGAUGAAGACUUUGAAGAGCAGCUGUCUCUGGAGCCAGAGGUUAGAGAGUUUAGCAGGGAGCAGCUCCCUAAUCGAGGCAGCUACAUCCCAGUGGAGAUGCUGGAACGUCCAGCGUCUGCGAGAGCUUCUUCCAUGCCACGUCUGGCAGACCACCCCCAGGUUCUGUCAGAUAUCAGCUCCAUGCGACGCUCUUUCUCCACAACAGCGGACAAGCGUGCACGCACCUCCUGGCUGGAAGACUUCACCAUGGAUAGAAGUGGCAUAGACAGCGGGUACAAGCAGCAGCGUCGCAGUUACCACGCUUCUCUAAGACUGUCCAGUAAUCGACUGAAUACAGAUACAGGCCAUCGCUUAGACACUCACCGUUCAGGUGGAAGAGAACGAGGACGUUCUAAGGAGCGGAAGCACCUGUUAUCCCCUGAUCCGUCGAGGUGCAACUCAGAGGAGAGGAACCCACAAGCUGCAUGUGAGCAUCGGGAUCACCAGCUGUCACCUGGGCACACCCACAGCAGCGUGCAGAUACUUGACUCAUUGAAUGAAAGCUGCAUUCCUUCAGACACAAGCACUCCAAGGCGCGGGCGACGCCAACUUCCUUCUGUGCCUGCAACUCCAAGACCUCUUAUCUCCUUUUCUUCUUUAAUCCGCCGACAGAAACACAGUUCACCUCCCCUUAAUGGCAGUGACAAUAUACCUCCUCUUCCUAGCGAACCAGGCCUGAGCGAGUCUUCCUGCUCCCUCCAGGGGCGUCAUAGCUCUCAGUCGACUCCCCAGCACUAUAUUUCAGAGCCAUAUUUGGCCCUACAUGAGGAAAUGCAAAGCUCAGACUGCCCAACUGAGGACCCUCUCACCUUUGAGGUCGCUGUGGCUACCAGUCUAGGUCGUUCUAACACCAUUGGUGCUGCUCCAGCAAUGCGCCAUGGAUGGCAGAUGCCCAAUGGCCACUAUCGUCGUAGAAGGAAGGGUGGCAUCCCACCUGUGAUAGCUUCCCGUGAAUUAAGUGACACAGAAGAGGAUGACCGGUGUUAAGGGAAGGCGGGGCGAGCAUGCUGUACCACAGCAGGUAUUAUUUAAAUGGCCCCUCCUUUACAUCACCGAGCUUCUUCCAGAAGAGCCCCCACAGCACUCACUGCCAUUCCCCUAACCAAAACCGCAAGUCCGGGCAAUUCCUUGAGGGGUUGAAGACUGUAUUUUACUAUCUUGUGCCAAAAACAGAAGUAAAGUCUUGGGAAAGAAGAAACAUGCAAUUCUUUCAAAGGGGAUGCAUGGAUAACGUCAAGCCUCAAAACAUAACUGUGGAAAUGGGGUGGUCGUAAUAUGUUAGUAGGUCGUGGGGAUCAUAGGUUGAUCGUUGAUACUUUGAUAUCACAGUACUUGUGUUUUGGAAUAUUGGAGAUUGAUUAUCUUUCCGAGUAUUCAAUCUCUGAGCAUGGCAGCCAAUGUUAAAUGGCUUUCAAAAAUGCCAAUGAAAAGAUGUUUGGCUGCAGAGCUUCUUGACUUGCAUUCUCAGACUUCUAUCAAUUCGUGGCUUAGUAGUGAAUACAGUGGUUUGCUGAAGGUGUGAACUGGUUGAUUGGCCAGAAUUGAUGGCUUCAUGUUAAGUGCUAUCCCUGAGCCCUUAAGCCCUUGUCAGCGUACAGGGAGAUGAUGACCUACAUUUUUCGCUUCACCCCAUAAAAUAUCACGUUCCUCUAUUUGUGAACUCAUGAAUGAUGUUUUUGUUACAAUUUGAGUGUAUUGUAAUAGAUAGGGGUCAGGUGGAAAUAGGAGGUGGUACCGAAAACAUGUAAGGGACAUGCAAUACUUGUGUUAGAGUUUUCAUGCCUAGCCUGCAUCUAGACGGAUGAGCAUGCUUGACUUUGCAUGAGCUACACAAGGCGUUACAUGGGCAUUGAAGGUACCCUUAAAUCUAAGACUAAAUAAUAUGCUAAACAUACACUUACAUUAGUCACACAGACGCUGUCUCUUCCCUUUUCUCAGACAGUGGUCACUUUAUAUCAUCACAUACCAAUUUAACCCUUGCUUUGCACAUUAAUCAGCACGGUUAUUAUUCUGUGUAUAUAGAAAAUUACAUAUUAAGUCCAAGGAUCCAAUGCAUCAGGUUUUACUAGCAUACGUCUCCAUAUGUUAGAAUGAUUCCCUUUUAUGUUUAACAGAAUACAGCAACCACAUAAACCCCAAUGAUCAUAUGUACAGAUGUAAAAUGAACAUUAUGGCUACAAUACUCUGGUGUAGACUUAAUUGGCAAAUUAUUUUGGGGAGUUUUAGGUGAAAAUGUUGGCAUUAGUAUUAUGUAUCAGCUUCCAGUCUGCAGCACUCAAAUUUUGAGACUAUUCUUUUCAUCUACCUUUUAAGGAUUUCCCAUUAACGUUCUGUCUACGUUUUCUUAACGUGAUGUCAAUAUAUUACCACUUAUUUAAAAAAGUAAUAGUUAGAUCUUUAUGGGUUGCCUAAAAAGUAGACCAUUGAGGAAUUAAUCGCGUUAAUUACAUAUCAAGUGAACUGUGUGAUAAAUAGUGUUCAACAGCGUAAAGUAUACAUAAGUAAGAGUAAAUAAUGAAUUACAUUUACUAUUACUUAAGUACUACUAGUUGUACUGUAUAUGAACACAGUUUGAUUUAUUUUUUUACUUUUGGAAAAGUAUUAGCAUAAUGCAGCUCAUAAUCCGCUUCACAAACGUGUUAAAUAUGUGAAUCAUAACCGGCAGUGUUUUGAAUAUCAUUUAUUAUUUAUGGUGUAUUCUAGAGCCACACAUCACAGUACUAGACCCUAAUAUAUGACAAGACCUCUGCACAUUAUCAUGAUGUAAUCACUCUGUACUGUAUUUGCCCAGCUCAUUAAGUGUAGUGCAGGCCUGGCCAACCUGUGGGUCUAUAGCUAUUGUGAAACUACAAUUCCCAAUAUGCACUUCAACAGUUUUGCUAUUAGGGAAUUCUAAAACUGUGUCAGGGCAUGCUGGGAUGUGUAGUUACACAACAGCUGGAGAGCCACAGGUUGGCCAGGCCUGGUGUAGAGAAUACCACAUAUAUAACUGCAUCUAGUACAGAAUACAAGAUAUUGUAUAUGGGAGAAAUCUUUAAUACUGUACUUGGGAUUAUUAGAGAAGAUUGGCAACAAACGUGAUACUGUGCAUUUUAUCAGUAUUACAGAACAUUAAAAAAAUAGAGAAAUUUCAGGGACUGAAACCUACAAGAACAAUUAAAAAAAAAAAAAAAGAGAGUUAAUACUGAAUUAAAUCUAAUCUGCUGUGCAAAAAACGUUACAGUUCUCAGACUCGCACUGUGUUGUCCCCUGCCAAAGCUUGUAUGACACUUUGAUCCUGUUUCCUGUGCUUUCCAAUUCACUUCACCAUUAUGGGUAUGGCUCAUUAGGUUGACCACUAUUGGUCGACAUGUAGUAGGUUGACAGGGUCACUAUGUCGACAUGGUCAUUAGGUCGACCUGAACAAGGUCAACAUGGAAAAAGGUCGACAUGAGUUUUUUUGCUUUUUUUGGUGUUGUUUUCUUCUUAAAGUGACAGGGAACCCCAGUUAGUGCACCGUGUCCCCUCGCAUGGCUCGCUUCGCUCACCAUGCUUCAGGCAAGGUGCCUCGCUCCACUAUCGCUGCGCUCGACACAGGUUACUAUUCCCAAUUGUAGUCCACGUGGAUCGUAAAGUAUGAAAAAGUUCAAAAACUGAAAAACUCAUGUCGACCUUUUUCCAUGUCGACCUUGUUCACGUCGACCUAAUGACCAUGUCUUCCUACUGCAUGUCGACCAAUAUUGGUCAACCUAAUGACUGUCGACCUAAGUGCUGUUGACCUAAUGACCCUAUCCCACCAUUAGCGUAGAAUACUUUCUUCAAGAAUGAAUUCUCGAUAAAUACUUCUCUCGAUAAAUACUUCUAUCAGUUUUCAACAAUAUAGUCCACAAGCUGUACUACACAUAUCAGCCCAUGUUCUACCUAAACCACCCUGGUUCCACACAAAGCCACAUUCACACACCAGUCUGAUACACCCUUUUUAAAUGUUGAGAAUUGGAACUGUUAGCAUAUAUGUUGUUUUUUAUGCUUUUAAAUCCCAUUUCUUUCAAUGGAGCAUUAACUUGUGUAAAAAUGUCUGAGAGUCCUGUCUUCAUGUGAUGUAAUAUAAAGAGACUGGGAAACGGGGUACCGGCAGGGUUGGAUUAAGAGCCUCACGGGCCUGGGGCUAAAAAUGUUUAUGGGCCUAUUAAGAGAAGCAGGGGGAAUGUGACCACACUAUGUAAGCGUGGCCAGUGUCAUGUAGACCCCGUACACUAUCAGCCUCAAUGUCUCCCUAAAUUUGUAAAAGUACAAAAAUAGCAUAACAUUGUGUGGAAAAUAGAUAUACAAUUUAAUACUUAUGAAUUAUGGCCAACCGUGUGGCUAACUGGUAGCUGGUCAUCAUCAUACUGUACUGAAUGGUUCACAGAAUCACAUAUCCAUAUCUUAAUAUAUUGGGAGCCUCAGGGACACUUGAAUUAUGAAAAGUGUUAGUCACUUCUGUGGAAAUCCUAAAUGGCGUACUGUACAUUAGAUUUUGGGUUGAACGUAUUGUGUAAGGACUUUUUAAAACAAGUUAAAUAUUUUAGAAAUAUUAAUAAAAUGUGAAAAAGAAAUUAUUUUUAUUUUGUUAGCGCACAUCAGUGAGCUUUUUGUACUAUUUGUUUCCUGCCCCAGCAGGUGAGGGGGUUUGGUAGUAUGGUACCUGCUGUCAUGAUCUGAGGAGAACAAUACUGUAUUAGAAACUGUACAAAGCCAUUUUUCUUAUAACACUGUUACUUGUCAUGUAGAAGUUACUGUUUACGCUGUGUACUGGCAUCACAGGACACAUGGCUGCUCAAUGUUCCUGACCAAUUUUAGGUGAUUUUAUAAACAUUAUUGGGGGGUGGGUUAACUUGUUUUUUGGGCAGCUGCAAGUAAAGGGCACCCGUCUGAUUUAUUGAUUUGUUUUGCAGAUCGGGCGCGAGUGCUGUGGACGCCCAUUAUUUCUGCUCGCAUCCUCCUACGGGGGCGAGCUGAAAUGCACAAAAACUUGUGCUUUUGCUCACUCAAACUACAGUUUCGGCAUGUAAUUGACACUCUGGGCACAAGUGGCCAUUGCUCAUGGCACUUGUGCCCAUCGGCAAAACAACUGAACAGCUCCCUCAGCUGCCCAUUGAUUAUGGGCACCCAUAAAACGAUUGAAUUCUCCCCUAUGCCUCUUAUUUAACUGUAUUAUAUUUUUAUUGCUUUAAAUGGUUCCCUAUUAUUGAUUCACCUUUGCCGCUCUGUCACAAAUGUUCACCAUUGUUUCUAAUUUACACCAUAUGGCUUGGUUAAUAAAUUAGUACAAGUAUCACAAAUGCCAAUGUAACCAACCAGGCAGUUACUUUCAUAUAUCAUGAGAUGAGACAAAACCAACUUCUGGUUUCUACGAGUUGUGUCACAGCAUGGCAUUGAACAAGGGUUUCCCAAUGAUCUGCAACUGAACAAUUGGUUAUUAGGAUACAAAUCAUAAUGGGUUUGAUGUCCUACUAAAUGCUUCACAAAUGUUACUUACAGUAUUUUAAUUGCCCCAAACUUAGGGCAAAAUAGAAAAAUGUCUCAGCUGCAGUUUCGAGCAAAGUCGUCUGUAUGAAUUGCCACCAGAUGUCUCCAUGUAAAUGUGAUUCUCACUGAUCAGAAAAUUUUAAUCUCACAGUAGUCUCUCAAAUUCUGGUGAAUUAGGUAAAGUGGAGAAAUGGUAAAUGGCUGUUGUACUAUUUAUGUAUAAUAUGUAUUGUGUUUCAACUGGAAUGGUAUUCUACUGUAAUAGUAAUACCUGGUACCUCUGAUGGUUUCAGGUGAGCACAAAGUAAAGCUAAGCGAAAAGUGUACAAUAUGAUACCAAAACCCAUAUCCACGACUAUACAUAUGUAUCUUCUGAGGAACAGGCUUCGUUCAUCUAGUUCUCUACAGCGAUGGACACUUCACAAGAGUGCUAUGUACAUGUAACGCUUCUCUCUGUGCAAAUCAGGAAAGAAGUCAUGAUUAAAACAGGACUCUGGAGACUGAAUUGAUUGUACAUAAAAUAACUUGUUUUUGCCCAGAAUUAAAAAGAAAAAAGAAAAAAUAAAUUGUGGGAUUUUGAUGGGGAUUUUUUUGUGAAAGAGAAAUAAUAUACUAAAAACAAAUUGUAAAUAAUUCUCAAUAUUUCUUGUCCUUUUUCUGGCUUUUUCAAUCCGGAAAUAAAACUUGAUGGAGGAAAAACUGUUUUGCUGUUUACCCUGUCCUAUUCCAGGUCAAUUAUUCAGCUCUGGUAUAAUUUUUCAGUCAAGCUAUGGGGGUAAUUAACGAGGUGCACAAUAUCCGCUGUGAGAUGCAUAAUCAGAACCGCCUUGUGCUUUGAUUUCCACAAGUGCAUGUAGAUGUUUGUCUGGAUUUAUGGAGCAAGAUGAAGAGAAGAUGUUUGUAGUGAAGCAGCCAUACAUACAGGGCUGCACCUUGUACCACACCCAAUUCACUAAAACCAUAUGAAGUAAAAACUGGCUACCUGGAUUCCUUAAUCUGUUAGAUGAGGAGUGAGUAAUGAAUUUUCCUUGGAGGAUGCUCUUCUGUGAUAUUUUUUGGAGCAAUUUGAAGUGUGAAUUAACUUUUUCCUUCCGUUGUGUGGAAUUACCUUUUAAUUUUUUAUUG